AAGGUCCAUGUCUAGCAGUAGCAGCAGCAGCAGAAGCAGCAACAGCAGAGGUGAACAUGGCAGCGCUCAGGACAACGAGGAGAGUGGUUCAGAGAGUCCGGCUCCUUGCACUGGUGGAGCGACUGUGUGCCCGGGAUGUGUGCAGCCGGAGUCCCGGGGAACGCGAGGUGAAAGCCGCAGGUAUCAGUAAACCUCAGUUCAUGGAUAAAGAGGUCCAGAAUAUCCUUGGCAGAAUAACGGGCUUGAAUCUGGAAAAGGUCUUCAAGCCAAUGAAGCAGCAACUGAAUCCGCCUCAAUACAAACUAUUCACUGAUGAGCAGCUUGAUGGGGCUCGGGAUGAAGCAAUGGAAGUCGCUAAAGAGCAUCUCCGAAUGCCACCCGUCCUGGCCGAAAGGGAAACAAUUUGCGACGUCCUCGCAGAAGACAAAAUUCUUGCCGGUUUGGAAACGGCUAAAUACGUCUUCACAGAUAUAACAUACGACAAGCCACACAGAGAGCGAUUUAUUGUGGUGAGGGAACCUAAUGGAGUUCUGCGCAAAGCAACCUGGGACGAGCGGGAUCGGAUGAUCCAGGUGUACUUUCCCCGCGAGGGUCGAACGAUUAUUCCACCGCCCAUUUUCCAGAAAGAAAAUCUUUUGGUUGUUUUUGCUCAGGAACGUUUUGAAGACAUUCUUGAUCUCUGUCUGGUCCAAUUUGAGCCAAAUUCUGCUGAUUACAUCAGAGUUCACCACCAGACAUAUGAAUAUAUUGAUAAACACAACAAAUAUGACCUUCUCCGUUCAACAAGACACUUUGGAGGCUUGGCGUGGUACCUGAGCAACGGGAUGAGAAUUGAUGGUUUAUUAAUCGACAUGAUUCAAAGAGAUCUAAUGGAUGAUGCUGUGAGUGUGGUUCAGCUGUAUCAUUCGUUGCACCCAGAGUGCCAGUCAGCAAAUGAAACAAAUGUACAGCAAGCCAAGGGUAUUGAACUGAUUAAGGUAUUUGCCCAUACUGAUUCCAAGAAGGGAAGCUAUCUUGAAUUAGCUUUGCAAGUUUAUCAGGAAGCAAUCAGUAGCUCGGCUGAUCAAGAUGCACAGAGAAAAGAAGAACACAACUGAUAUUAAUCCAGUUAAACUUUCCUGGGUUUGGAUACUGAAAACAGUCAAUGGCAGAACAUUUAAUUCCCAUCCCACUUUCUAUUUGGGGGGGGGGGGAACCCCCAUCACUGUGGCCAACUUGUACUGACAUUAACUUCAUGUAAUGACCAAGGUUUGUAACUGCAGGUAGUGAUUUAAUAAAUAUUUAAUUUGUAAUUGCUGGCUUUGAAUAUGGUCCCGAGUAUAUCUUGAUGCCAGCAGUGGGUGUUUGAACCUGGGGUGGGGGAGGAGGGAGUCAGUAUGAUAGUUAAACAUCGUCCAGCCCUGUUAGUCAUAACCUGUAAAGCCAAUUGUAUGAACAUUUUCACUUAUUGAGCCACAGUGAUUUUAGACCAUUCUGGCGUAAUGUUGUAAUUUGAUAGUUGUGCAGAUAUCCUGUAAAUUGAUAUUGAAACAAUUUCAAUAUUUGAUUUGAAAUGUUUGAAUAUAAAUAUUGUUACAAUUGGGUGCCACCUCUUGCACAUAUAAAUGACCUGAAAUAGUUGUUCCUGGUCUUAAAAAU